AUGGCACCAAAAAGCGAGAACAGUGAAAAAGCGAAAAAAAGAGUUGGCUCCGUACUGAAAAUAAAUAGUAACACCGCACCAGCGCAACCAAUAAUGCCAUCAACUUCAAAAGAACCCGGCCAAGACGUGGAAACAGGACGACGGAAAUGUUUCGAUUUCAUCUACAAUAAAAAGGAAAAGUCAUGUUUCGGCAGAACCGCGAAGAGUUGGUUGUAUAUCCUUUCUUAUGCUGUCAUGUACAUUAUGUUUCUGUGCACCUACACGUUGAUAUUCCUGUUCGCCACAUUGACUGCUUUCAAACAUUCAGAAUACUCGCUUGUAGACAGGACUGCUCUUUUUACUUAUUCAGAACGCGGCGUCGGACUUUCAGCGACACCAACAUCAGAAUUCAGCUAUCCCAUGAUCUGGUACAGAUCGGGUGAUGAUAUAGAUUAUCAGAAAUAUAUAAGAGCAAUAGAUAGAUUAUUAGUAAGCAGAAGAGAUAUGAAUAUUGAUUAUACUUACUUGGGUCCUUGUUCCCGAUCUCCAUACGGUUACGGCAGCGAGCCUUGUGUUAUUAUAAGAAUUAACCGUCAGUUCAAAUGGUCUGGUAAACCAUUGCAGAGAAAUUCAACUAAAGCAGCUGAUGCUCCCAAAGAAGUAAGGGAAUGGAUGGCAUCAAGUGAAAAGCUUUGGUUACAUUGCAGUGGUUACCAUUCAUACGAUAAAGAACAUAUAGGUAGAAUCACAUACUAUCCAUAUCCCCCGGGAUUCGAUCCAAGCUUGUUUCCUUUAGAUGUUCGAAAUCCAUCACCUUUGGUCGCAAUACAGAUGUCUGGUUUCACAAAGGGCAUUUCUUUGGCGGUAAAAUGUAAUUUGUGGUAUGAAGAUGGGCCAUCGGCAGUAGAAUUUAUGUUGUAUGUUGAACCUCAGUUGGCAUCGAAUGAUAUCGUUCGGAGUCGGAACAUUUCAAAUAUAAUAAAUCCUAAUUAA